GCAAGGCGUUCGACAUCACCUACGUGCGCCUCAAGUUCCACACGAGCCGGCCCGAGAGCUUCGCCAUCUACAAGCGCACGCGCGAGGACGGGCCCUGGCUGCCCUACCAGUACUACAGCGGCUCGUGCGAGGCCACCUACGGCCGCGCCACCCGCGCCUUCCUGCGCACGGGCGCCGACGAGCAGCAGGCGCUCUGCACCGACGAGUUCAGCGACAUCUCCCCGCUCACGGGCGGCAACGUGGCCUUCUCCACGCUCGAGGGCCGGCCCAGCGCCUACAACUUCGACCACAGCCCCGUGCUGCAGGAGUGGGUGACGGCCACCGACAUCCGGGUCACUCUCAACCGCCUGAACACUUUCGGGGACGAGGUGUUCAGUGACCCCAAGGUCCUCAAAUCUUACUACUACGCCAUCUCUGAUUUUGCAGUGGGCGGCAGGUGCAAGUGCAACGGCCACGCCAGCCAGUGUGUGCGGGACCGGCGGGGCCAGCUGGUGUGUGACUGCAAGCACAACACCCAGGGCGUGGACUGCGAGAAGUGUCUGCCCUUCUUCAACGACCGCCCGUGGCACCGGGCCACGGCCGAGAGCGCCAACGAGUGUCAGCCCUGCGACUGCAGCGGCCGCUCCCAGGAGUGCUACUUCGACCCCGAGCUCUACCGCUCCACGGGCCACGGCGGCCACUGCACCAACUGCAGGGACAACACGGACGGGCCCAAGUGCGAGAGGUGCCGGGAGAACUUCUACCGCCUGGGAGCCCGCGACGCCUGCACCCCGUGCCACUGCAGCCCCGUGGGUUCUCUGAGCACCCAGUGUGACAGCUACGGCAGGUGCAGCUGUAAGCCGGGAGUGAUGGGGGACAAGUGUGACCGCUGCCAGCCUGGGUUCCACUCCCUCACGGAGGCGGGCUGCAGGCCCUGUGUCUGUAACCCUUCGGGCAGCGUGGACGAGUGCAACGUGGAGACGGGGCGCUGCGUCUGCAAGGAGAACGUGGAGGGCUUCAACUGCGAGAGGUGCAAACCCGGAUUUUUCAACCUGGAGCCCUCGAAUCCCAAGGGCUGCGCCCCCUGCUUCUGCUUCGGACACUCGUCGGUCUGCACCAAUGCCGUGGGCUACAGCGUGUACGCCGUCACCUCCACCUUCCAGAUCGACGACGAUGGCUGGCACGCCGAGCAGAGGGACGGCUCCGACGCCUCGCUGGACUGGUCCGCAGAGCGCCAAGACGUGUCUGUCAUCUCUGACAGCUACUUCCCGAGAUACUUCAUCGCUCCAGCCAAGUUCCUGGGCCAGCAGGUGCUGAGCUACGGUCAGAACUUUUCCUUCUCCUUCCGCGUGGACCGGCGGGACACCCGCCUGUCCGCCGAGGACGUGGUGCUGGAGGGGGCCGGCCUGCGGGUGUCGGUGCCCCUGAUCGCGCAGGGCAAUGCCUACCCCAGCGAGACCGCCGCGAAAUACGUCUUCAGGCUCCACGAGGCCACUGAUUACCCCUGGAGGCCCACCCUGAGCCCUUUCGAGUUCCAGAAACUCCUGAACAACCUGACGGCCAUCAAGAUCCGUGGGACCUACAGCGAGAGGAGUGCAGGCUACCUGGAUGACGUCACCCUGGCCAGCGCCCGCCCCGGGCCCGGCGUCCCUGCCACCUGGGUGGAGGCGUGCACCUGCCCGGCGGGCUACGGGGGGCAGUUCUGCGAGACGUGUCUCCCCGGCUUCCGGAGGGAGACCCCCAGCCUCGGGCCUUACAGCCCCUGCGUGCUCUGCACUUGUAACGGACACAGCGAGUCCUGUGACCCCGAGAGUGGCGUGUGCAGCUGCGCCCAUAACACGGCCGGCCCCCACUGCGAGAAGUGCGCCGACGGCUACUACGGGGACGCCACGGCGGGCACCCCCACCGACUGCCAGCCCUGCCCGUGCCCCGGCGGCUCCAGCUGUGCCCAGGUGCCCAGGACCGGGGAGGUGGUCUGCACCAACUGCCCCACCGGCACCACCGGCAAGCGCUGCGAGCUGUGUGACGACGGCUACUUCGGGGACCCCCUGGGCCAGGCGGGGCCCGUGCGGCUGUGCCGGCCCUGCCGCUGCAGCGACAACAUCGACCCCAACGCCGUGGGCAACUGCCACCGGCUGAGCGGCGAGUGUCUCAAGUGCAUCUACAACACGGCCGGCUUCUACUGCGACCGCUGCCGCCACGGCUUCUACGGCAACCCCCUGGCGCCCAGCCCCGCCGACAAGUGCAAAGCCUGCAGCUGUAACCCCUUCGGGACGGCCGGGCAGCAGCAGGGCGGCUGCAACGCGGUGACGGGGCAGUGCGAGUGUCUGCCGCAUGUGACCGGGCGUGACUGCGGGGCCUGUGAGCCCGGCUUCUACAACCUGCACAGUGGGCGCGGCUGCGACAGGUGCAAUUGCCACGCUCUGGGCUCCACCAACGGGCAGUGCGACAUCCGCACGGGCCAGUGCGAGUGCCAGCCGGGCGUCACGGGCCAGCACUGCGAGAGCUGUGAGCCCAACCACUUCGGAUUCGGGCCCGAAGGCUGCAAACCCUGUGACUGCCACCCCGAGGGCUCGCUGUCCCUACAGUGCCGAGACGAUGGGCGUUGCCAGUGCCGCCAGGGCUUCGUGGGCACCCGCUGUGACCAGUGCGAGGAGAAUUACUUCUACAACCGCUCCUGGCCCGGCUGCCAGGAGUGCCCAGCCUGCUACCGCCUGGUCAAGGACAAGGUGGCAGAGCACCGGGCCAGGCUUCGGGAGCUGGAAGAUCUCAUCGCCGACCUGGGCACCGGUGACGAGGCAGUGACGGACCAGGCCUUCGAGGACAGACUGAAGGAGGCCGAACGGGAGGUCACGGACUUGCUCCGGGAGGCGCAGGACGUCAAAGACGUGGACCAGAACCUGCUGGACCGUCUGCAGAGGGUCAACAACAGCCUGAGCAGCCAGGUCGGCCGCCUGCAGAACAUCCGCAGGACGGUGGAGGAGACCAGGGACCUGGCCGAGCAGGCGCGCGUGCGGGUGGACAGCACCGAGCAGCUCAUCGAGAUCGCAGCCCGCGAGCUGGAGAAGGCCAAGGUGGCCGUGGCCAACGUGUCCAUCACGCAGCCCGAGUCCACCGGCGACCCCAACAACAUGACGCUCCUGGCAGAGGAGGCACGGCGGCUUGCAGAACGCCACAAGCAGGAAGCUGACGACAUCGUCCGCGUGGCCCAGACGGCCAAUGAGACCUCGGCGGAGGCCUACAGCCUGCUUCUGCGCACGCUGGCCGGGGAGAACCAGACGGCUCUGGAGAUCGAGGAGCUCAACAGGAAGUACGAGCAGGCCAAGAACAUCUCGCGGGACCUGGAGCGGCAGGCGGCGCUCGUGCACGAGGAGGCCCAGCGGGCGGGCGACAAGGCCGUGGAGAUCUACGCCAGCGUGGCCCAGCUGGCGCCGGUGGACUCGGAGGCGCUGGAGAACGAGGCGAACAGAAUCAAGAAGGAGGCGGAGGAGCUGGAGCACCUGAUGGGGCAGAAGCUGCGCGACUACGAGGCGCUGCGGGAGGACAUGCAGGGCAAGGAGCUGGAAGUCCGGGGGCUGCUGGACAAGGGCAAGACGGAGCAGCAGACGGCCGACCAGCUGCUGGCGCGGGCCGACGCGGCCAAGGCCCUGGCCGAAGAGGCCGCCAAGAAGGGGCGAGACACGCUGCAGGAGGCCACGGACAUUCUCAACAACCUGCGGGACUUCGACCAGCGGGUGAACGACAACAAGACGGCGGCCGAGGAGGCCCUGCGCAGGAUCCCAGACAUCAGCCGCACCAUCGCCGAGGCCGGCGAGAAGACCCGGGAAGCACAGCUGGCCCUGGGCAACGCCGCGGCCGAUGCCGCCGAGGCCAAGGACAAGGCCCACAUGGCCGAGCGCAUCGCCAGUGCCGUCCAACAGAACGCCACCAGCACCAAGGCCGAAGCUGAGAGGACCUUUGCCGAGGUGACGGACCUGGACGGGGAGGUGACCACCAUGCUCCAGCAGCUGCAGGAGGCCGAGGAGGAGCUGAAGCGGAAGCAGGACGCGGCCGACCAGGACACGAUGAUGGCGGGCAUGGCGUCCCAGGGGGCGCAGGAGGCGGAGAUCAGCGCCCGGAAGGCCAAGAACUCGGUGGCAAGUCUCCUGCAGCUCAUCAACCAGCUCCUGGAGCAGCUGGGCCAGCUGGACACCGUGGACCUGAACAAGCUGAACGAGAUCGAGGGCGCGCUCAGCCAGGCCAAGGACGAGAUGCAGAGCAGCGACCUGGACCGGAAGGUGUCGGCCCUGGAGCGCGAGGCCCGGGGCCAGGAGGCCGCCAUGCUGGGCUACGACCGCGACAUCGAGGCCAUCCGCAGGGACGUGCGGAACCUCGAGGACAUCCGCAAGACGCUGCCGGCCGGCUGCUUCAACACGCCGUCCAUCGAGAAGCCCUAGGCGGGGGCCCCGGCCGGACCCCCGAGCCCCCAGACCCCCAAACCCCACCCCACCGCCUCCAUACCAGGUACAGGCUCAGCCACGGGGGGCGGGGGACAUCCGGGCGUCACCCCCGCACCCCUCCCAGGCCGCCUGCGGGGGAGCGAACCCACCAGGACACCCUUGGGUCCUUCGCCUCGGAAGCCGGAGCCUCUCCUCCCCCCCAUCAGGUCUGGGGGUCCUGAGUCCCCCCCCAAUCCCCACUUGCCAUUCUGGACGCCGGCUGUCCUGGAGCACUGGGCUGGGAGCACUGAGCCUUCCAGCAUUGGCCAGGCAGCAGAAACCCAAGAGAGGGACCCCCGGGGCCCCGUGGCUGUCAGUCAGGACGGAUAACCACUAGAGCCAGCAUCUUGGGGGGCACGGCCCAGAUCUGGGCUCCCCCAAAAAACCUCCCACCAGCAGGGGAAGGAAGGCCCUUCUGGCCACAGGGGCGGGGGAGAGGAGGGAGUUGGGCCCUGAGUCUCCUCGGGUGCACCCCGCCCUUCUCGAACCCCGUCCCCAGCCCCCCAAGACGCGCUGUUGCCAACCAAAUCCCGGUGCACCCCCAAAGCCGACCGCACCCCCUCGUUCCUCUUUUGUGAAACAAGACUCCUGCCCUCCACGUGCUUGGCCGGGGCGGGCGGGCAGGGGGGACCCUCUGUGCAACAUCGUGGUGGGCCUUGGGGGUCCCCCACGCCCCCUCGCCCCCAGCAGGACCCCCCACCACCCACCCCCAGCCCUAUAUCUAAGCCUUAACACUACGCGACUUUGUACUUUGCCUUGGGAGGGAAGGAAACUAUAUGAUUUUGACACACUGGUGCUAUUCGUCGUUUCAAAUUGAUAUUUUUGUGUGACUGUGCAUUUUUUUUCUUAUUUUUUUUGGUCCGAAUCCCCCCCGCUCCCCACCACCCCCCGAGAGUAAGCAGUAGCUGAAAACGAGACUCGGCCCCAUUCCCGGGGCGCUGUGGGCUGAGCUCAGACCGCCCCUGCCCCCAUCACCACCAGCACGUGCCUUCCGCCUGGGGUCCCCCCACUCCAGGACGAGCCCCCCCUGUAAUGGGGGUCUUCUUCAGGGGGGAUAGUGCCGUGACAGGCAGGAGAGGACGGAGUUUAGGGCCUCAAACCGAAGCAGCCGUUGUCGGAGGCGCUGUGGAAUGUUCCAGAAAAGCUAUCCGCGGGGUGUCGGCUGGGCUUAGCCAGCAAGAAGAGGGGGUGCUCCAUCCCCCGGACCCCGGGACUGGCCCUCAUCCGUUUGUGCUUUUCUGCCUGCCUGUGUGCUGUGCUUGGCUGUGUCUUUGUGGCCCCCGGUUCUGCACCCCUGGGGAACCCAGGCCCACCCCCCCACCCAUGAGGCCCGCACCCCGCCAGGCCCCCCCCACCCCGACCACAUGUCGGGGGCGACUUCAAGAGAAUUUUAUUUUUUAAGUCGAAGUCCUUGAGUGAGACGGAAGCCUGGCGAACCUCCGGCCUGCGGGGUCUGGGGGUGCCCGGGACAAAGACGGGGCGCGAGGUUCCCGCCCCCAGUGCCCUCCACGCCCGCCCCCACCUUCCCCGGCACUGCCCUGCUCUCGGGCGCGGACGAGCGCGACACUUGGCAUUUUGUAUGUUACAGAACCAGUAUUUUAUUUAUAAUAAAAUCGGAAUAUUUGUA